AACCCGAAUAAGGAGUGAACAGCUGAAGUGAGGAGGAGUAUAAAUAAGACACACUCCUCCACUCACUCACUCGUUCACUCGCUCACUCUGUGGGGGAAAAGAGCAGCGACCGGAACAGAACUGAAACCCAGCCGACACCAUGUGUGAUGAUGAGGAAACCACUGCUCUGGUGUGUGAUAACGGCUCUGGACUGGUGAAAGCCGGAUUUGCCGGAGACGAUGCUCCUCGAGCCGUGUUUCCCUCCAUCGUGGGCCGGCCGCGUCAUCAGGGUGUGAUGGUGGGUAUGGGGCAGAAGGAUUCGUACGUAGGUGAUGAAGCUCAGAGUAAACGAGGUAUCCUGACACUGAAGUACCCCAUCGAGCAUGGCAUCAUCACCAACUGGGACGACAUGGAGAAGAUCUGGCACCACACCUUCUACAACGAGCUGAGGGUGGCUCCUGAGGAACAUCCGACUCUGCUCACUGAGGCUCCACUCAACCCUAAAGCUAACCGAGAGAAAAUGACGCAGAUCAUGUUCGAGACGUUUAAUGUUCCUGCGAUGUACGUGGCCAUUCAGGCCGUGCUCUCGCUGUACGCCUCUGGCAGAACCACCGGUAUUGUGCUGGACUCUGGUGACGGUGUGACACAUAACGUUCCUAUUUAUGAAGGUUACGCUCUUCCCCACGCCAUCAUGCGUCUGGAUCUGGCUGGUCGAGAUCUCACUGAUUACCUGAUGAAGAUCCUGACAGAGCGAGGCUACUCUUUCGUCACCACCGCCGAGCGUGAGAUCGUGAGGGACAUUAAAGAGAAACUGUGCUACGUUGCUCUGGACUUUGAGAAUGAGAUGGCCACCGCUGCUUCUUCCUCAUCUCUGGAGAAGUCAUACGAGUUGCCUGAUGGUCAGGUGAUCACCAUCGGGAAUGAGAGGUUCCGCUGCCCAGAGACGCUUUUCCAGCCAUCAUUCAUCGGUAUGGAGUCAGCUGGUAUUCAUGAGACGACCUACAACAGCAUCAUGAAGUGCGACAUUGAUAUCCGUAAAGACCUUUAUGCUAAUAACGUCCUUUCUGGUGGGACAACAAUGUACCCCGGUAUUGCUGAUCGCAUGCAGAAGGAAAUCACCGCCCUCGCCCCCAGCACCAUGAAGAUCAAGAUUAUUGCUCCUCCAGAGCGUAAAUAUUCAGUGUGGAUCGGUGGAUCAAUUCUGGCAUCGCUCUCCACCUUCCAGCAGAUGUGGAUCAGUAAACAGGAAUACGAUGAAGCUGGACCUUCCAUCGUGCACAGGAAGUGCUUCUAAAUUCCACAGGAAGCCUGAAUUCCAGUACUGUUAGUGCGUCCGUCAUCCAUUUCCUCCAUGAUCAGUGAAUUCCAUUAGAUGAAGUAUCAAGUUAAAACUUUGCAGUCAGAUGCAAUUUCCUUUUAAAAUAAUAAACAAAGCAGUUUCUCAAUGUAAACAUUGGAUUGUUCAACCCAAGUUAAAAAUUUCAAUUUUAUGAUUACAAAAAGAACUGCUUAAAUGAUUUUUCACAUUAUGUUUGUCAAUGUACAGUAUGUUUACACCAAAGUGCGAUUUGUUUUGUUGUCCAUUAAUAUAUUUGGAUAUUUAUUGCUUUAUAAAUAAUAAUAAAACAACUAACUACCCAGGA